AUGAAAGUCACUGGGCUUGGUGACAGUGACACUGCAAAAUGGAAAGUUGGACAAAAUGAUGUUAAUGGUCUCGGGAAUAUUAAGAGUGACCUUGAAAAGCAGAAUAAGCAACUGGGCGAGCAAAACAAGAUUAUUGGAGAUGCUAUAUCUUGGAUUCAAGUUGACCAUGACUUCGUCCCCGAUGACAUGGAUCAAUUGCAAAAAAUUAAAAAAGAGAUUGAUAAAGGUGGAAAAGGAGGACUGCAGAAAAUUCAUGACGUGAUAAGUGGACUACAAAAAGGGGAAUUUACUUCGAACCCCAAAGCCAUCGGAGAAGCCAACGAGGCAAUCAAGGGGGAACUCAAAGGGCGGAUGGACACGCUGGACAAAGAGGUCAUCGACAAGCUGAGCAAUUUGAUGGACAACGGGAUGAGUAACGUGACAAGUUGGAACAUAAAUAAUAACAAAGCAAAGGGCUUGGAGAAUAUUAAAGAUGGCCUUCACGCUCAACAAAAGAAGAUUGGAACAAAUGAUGACGAUCCUAAUAGCCUCAGAAAAAUUAAGAAAGAAAUCAACGAUGUCAAAAACACUCAGGUUCCCAUUGUGACCAGUAAGCUCAAUGAGCUGUGCGCCAAGAUUGCGAGCGAAGCCGGUAGUGUGGAUUGGAAGUUGGGGCUUUUCAAAGAGAAUAACAUCGACAAAGACCUCGAAAAAAUCAAGUCACAAAUUGACACCCUCCGCAUAGAUGACCUCCACAAGGCCAUCGCCAUGUGCGACAAUUUCCUAACCAACGCCGUUUACAUAAAAUGGGAGUAG